AUUUCCUUGAUUCUUUUUCCACAUCCUGUGGCCGUCGAUCGGCGACGAUGUCGGAGGAGGCGCCGAGGAGCAGGGUGCUGGUGGUCGGCGCCACCGGCCGCCUGGGAGGCAGCCUCGUGCGCGCGAGCCUCGCCGCCGGCCAUCCCACCUUCGCGCUCGUCCGCCCCCACCACUUCGCCCUCCCCGACUCCGCCCCCCUCAAGCCGCUCGCAGCGGCCGGUGCCACGAUCCUCAAGGGGUCGCUGGACGAUUACCCGAGCUUGCUGGAAGCCGUGCGGCAGGUGGACGUGGUCAUCUGCGCGUUGCCCACCAAGCAUGCGCUCGAGCAGAAGCCUCUGAUUCGGGCUAUCAAGGAAGCUGGGUGCGUGAAGAGAUUUAUUCCAGCAGAAUUUGGAGUUGAUCACACAAAGGUGCAGAUUUGUGACAUGGACCAUGGCUUCUAUGAGAAGAAAGCUGAAAUCCGCCGUUUAAUAGAGAGUGAAGAUAUUCCUCACACGUACAUCUACUGCAACUUCCUGAUGCGCUAUUUGCUUCCUUCGCUGGUGCAGCCGGGUCUAGAUGCCCCUCCAAGAGAUGAAGUUACGAUAUUUGGUGAAGGAAAUACUAAAGGUAUCUUUGUUGAAGAGAGUGACGUGGCUAAAUUUACGGUGUGUACCAUAGAGGACCCCAGAACACUAAACACGACAUUAUAUCUGAGACCUCCGGGAAAUAUCUGCUCACUGAAUGAAUUGGUUAGCCUCUGGGAGAGAAAAAUCAACAAAUGCCUAAAAAAGAUACAUAUAACUGAAGAGCAACUCCUUAGAAACAUGCAGAGCGCACCGUUUCCUCUGAAAAUGGAUUUAAUAUUUAUAUAUUCAGCUUUUGUUAAGGGUGAUCACACGUAUUUUGAAAUUGACUCGAGAAGUGAAGGAACUCAACUGUAUCCUGAUGUAAAGUAUACCACAGUUAGCGAGUAUUUAGAUACACUAGUUUAGAAUGUUGGUGUCUGUAUGUUGCUCAUAAGUACCAACCUUUUGUUCCAAUUGAAAAUUUGAAUGAUGCCGAGAGUGAUGAAUGUGUACCAAGUUCUUGCGCUCACAUUUUAAUGUGUUCUGGUCCCUUUUCUGUUCUCUGAAAGAAGCAUGGAGUGAUGAA